GAAAAAAAAAAAGAAAAAAAAAAGAAAAAAAUUGAGAAAGAGAGAGACGAAGCGGAGAGCUGUAAUGGAGAACUUUAGCUCAGUAGUGGAGGAACCUGGAUUCUCCGAUUCAAUAUCUCCCAUUUCCGAACCACCAGAUAUUAGGAAUUGGUUUCCCAGUUAUGUUUAUGAAUCGGUACCGUCUUGUUCUUCAAUCAACGACAUUGAAAACGAAGUCGAUGUGGUGAAACAGGUUUCAGAUCACUCUGAAUCACUUCCUUCUGAACCUCCUGAUGUCAGAAACUGGUUUCCGAGCUAUGUCUAUGAAUCGCCAUUGCUGGAUACAAGUGAUGGUUUUGAAUUGUCUGUUCCUGGAGAAAGUGUAUGUAUAAAGGAGACCGAAACAGAUAUUGAAAGAAACCAUGGUUGUCCUAGUUUAUUUGAGCAAGAACUUGUCUCUUCUAUAAAGGCUGAUGACUUGGUCUCCUUACAGGAUACAGAUCUCUCUCAGUCCCUGUCUUUUAUUUCGGAGCCUCCUGAUGUCAGAAACUGGUUUCCAAGCUAUGAGUAUCGAUCUCCUCAGCUUUCAGACACUCAUGAUGAACUUGGAUUUUCUUGUUUUGAGAAAGAUGAGUUAAUCGUUGACGAGAGUGACACAGAGGACGGAAAUGGUUCUGGUAUUUUUCGAAAAAUUAAGAGCAAGCAAACGACUGUUGGUCUUGGCAGGUUAAAUUCAAAUGAUUACUACAAGGAUAACAUUGCAACAGAGACGGAGGUCUCAUCAGACAAUGCUUAUUCAGACCAAGAAAUGGAAAAGCAGUUCUCAGUUAGAUUGUUCAAUGCCUCAGAGAAAGAAGUGAAACCAAAAUCAAGCUUCGAGCAGGAACCGUUAUGCUGUGAACCAAAAGAAGAAGCAAAGAUUAACCCCGAAGUUUCCCGGUACAACCAAAAACGUAAAUCACCCCCGAAGAACGAAGAUUCUUUACAUGAGCUGAGACCUAAUCAUAUCCAAGAAACCAUUUCCAUGAACUCCAGCAGACAAAAGUCUCCAAUAGAGCAAGAAUCAGAUGACAAGGAAAAUGUUCAUCGUGGACAAAGCACUAACUCUGGAUUUGUGACAACGAAAAAGGCAAGAUUCAAAGAAGCAAGAGACCAAUGUUCCGUGGCGAAACCAAAUACAGGAGUUCAGCUGGAAUGUUCUAGAAGUAAAGAGUUGAAGAAUAUGGCUGCGGAGGAGAAAGACAAAGAGGAAAGAAAGAGGAAGAGAAGAGUUUUGGGAGAAAUCUCAAAUCACCAGCCCUCCGGAGCAGAUGAGAUCGCAGGAAAAUGGCGUUGCCCACAGAAGAACAAAAGGAACAUAGUUCCACCAUUGAAGCAGCUUCGACUUGACGCAUGGAUACAUAACGUCUGAGUCGUUUGAGUAGUCUUCACCAUUUCACCAACAAUGUUGUAUUGCAUUCUUUUCCUUUCUCUUUUGUAAUCCUCCUCCAUGUUAAUAAGCUGAGCCUAACCAAAAGUAACCCGAACCAGACGCAAUAACCAGAGUAGAUUUUGUACCGGUCAUGUCCGGUACAGUUCUUUCAGAGACUGGGUGUUGAAUGAUGAUGAUAAGAAGCAAAUUAGUACUCAA